AUGGAGAAGGUAGACUUAGUGGUGGUUGGCGCAGGCUGGAGUGGCCUCGCGGCCAUGAAGACCUAUCACGAAGUGAACCCCGAUAGCAAUGUGUUGUUGCUGGAGGCUGCCGACUCCGUUGGCGGAGUCUGGGCCAAGCACCGGCUGUACAAGGGGCUGAAGUCGAACAACCUGCUGGGCACUUACGAGUUCAGCGAUUUCCCCAUGGACGAGGCCACCUUUGGCGUGAAGCCCGGCCAGCAUAUCCCCGGCGAAAUCAUUCAGCGCUACCUUGAGGCAUAUGCGGAGCGAUUUGGCUUCCGCGACCGCAUCCGCCUGGGCCACCGCGUGGAGACCGCGCAACACCAUUUGGAUGGGACUUGGCAGUUGAAAGUGUCGCAUGAGGAGAAAUUGGCCCUCAUUGACACGAAAAAGUUGAUCAUCGCCACCGGAGUCACGUCGCAGGCAUAUCUGCCGACGUUUGACGGUCAGGACGCCUUUGGCGCGCCCAUCUUCCACUGCCGCGAUAUGCUCCAGCAUGAGGCCAAUGUCUUGAAGGACGGCGAGCGAGUCACGGUGUUUGGUGGCACAAAGUCCGCUUGGGAUGCGGCGUACGCAUGUGCGACGUCUGGGAUGCAGGUCAAUUGGAUCAUCCGCGAGUCCGGGCAUGGCCCCAACUGGAUGGCGCCGCCCUAUGUGACGCCGCUGAAGAAAUGGCUGGAGAAGCUGGUGACGACCCGCUUCUUGACCUGGUUCAGUCCGUGCAUUUGGGGCGAUGCCGAUGGAUAUCCUCGCGUCCGGCGCUUCCUGCACGGCACCUGGUUGGGCCGCAAGAUCGUCGAUGCCUUCUGGGCGAUUCUGGCCGAUGACGUGGUGCAGCUCAAUGGCUUCAACAAGCACCCCGAGGUCAAGAAGCUGCAGCCGUGGAUUAGCCCCUUCUGGAUCGCCUCCUCGCUCAGUAUCCUCAACUACCCGACCGACUUCUUCGAGCUCAUCAAGGAUGGCACAAUCAAGGUGCACAUCGCCGAACUUGACCGCCUGUCCGACCACACCGUGCAUUUGUCGACGGGCGAGGAGCUGAAAACCACCGCGCUGAUCUGUUCGACCGGCUGGCGCGCCACUCCCAACCUAACGUUCCUGCCCGAGGGCAUCGACCGCGAGCUGGGCUUCCCCUGGAGCAGCGACCCGCUAGAUGAAGAGAUGGUGAAGGCGGCCGGCGAGGAGAUUCUGCGCCGGUUCCCACGCCUGCGUGAUCAGCCCACUCCCAAUCCCAAGUAUAAGCCGCUCAAUGACCAGGCCGAGGCGGCUGUCCCGCACCCAUUCCGACUGGUGCGCUUCAUGGUACCCUUGUCGCAGGUCAAGGAGCGAUCACUGGCGUUCAUGGGGAUUCCCAUGACGAUCAACACCACGAUCAUCGCCCAGGCACAAGCCCUGUGGAUUUCCGCCUACUUGGGCAACCAUCUCACUCCGACUGCUGUGGAACACUGCCCCGCUGCUGUACGCGCGGCCUCCGAUAUCAAGGUCGAAGAGGAUGCGGAGCUCGAUUUGGCCUGGGAGACCGCUCUGCACUCCGAGUUCGGGAAGUAUCGCUAUCCCGGUGGCUUCGGUCGCCGCAAUCCCGACUUCGUCUUUGACGCCAUCCCCUACAUGGACCUGCUGCUGCGGGACUUGGGCCUGCCGCACGAGCGAAAGCCGGGCCUGCUGGCACAAUGCUUCAACCCGUACGGCACGGAGGACUACAAGGGGUUAGUCGAGGAGUGGAAGGCCAAAUCAUCCGGCCAUGCGGUGGGCCGGUUUGACCGUUGA